GUCUGUUUCUUCGGAGCCGCAGAACAAGUCGGCUGCACAGAGAGACCGAUGCCGACCGUCAGGAGCAAGAAGAAGAAGCCAAAGAAGGACAUCGUGGAUGCAGAGGAGCCGGGGGACGUUGGCGCGGAGGUGGAGAUGGAGGAAGUGACCAAUAGAAGCCACUCUGUCAGCAGGGACCCGUUGACCCCGGAGCCGCACGAUGCUGCACCACAGAAGAAGAAGAAAAAGAAGAGGGCGUCUACUAUAGAUCAGGAAGCAGAGCACGCCGACGUGCCGAACGGCAACAUGGCGCAGCCCGACGUGGACGCAGAGGAACUGGCGUCCGCAGGAAUAAGCAGGAAGACAAAAAGGAAGAAGAAGGCCAAGGCGGCGGAGCAGAUCAACAGUGACCCGCUGGUCGAGGACGACGACCUCGUCACGGACGCCGAGUCCCCGAUCCCCCAGCAUUCCCUGUUCUCCGCCCCGCACGGACACAGCCAGCCGCUCGGCAAAGUCUUUGUGGAGAGAAACAGGCGUUUCCAAGCAGAGCGAGUCGAGCAGAACCGUCACUCGGAGCUGAUGGACGACUACCUGGACCCCGGACAGAUCUGGAACACCAGAGACGUCGCAUUGAGGGUCCACAGUGGCUUCAGGGUGAUCGGACUGUUCUCUCACGGUUUCCUGGCCGGCUACGCGGUGUGGAACAUCAUAGUCGUGUACGUGCUGGCCGGCGAGCAGAUGACCACGCUGCCCAACCUGCUGCAGCAGUAUCACCUCCUGGCCUACCCGGCUCAGUCCCUGCUCUACCUGCUGCUGGCCAUCAGCACCGUGUCGGCAUUCGACAGGGUGAACUUGGCCAAAGCCUCCAUGGCGCUGAGAGGCUUCCUCACUCUGGACCCUGCUGCUCUGGCUUCGUUCCUGUACUUCAUAGCCCUGAUCCUGUCCCUCAGUCAGCAAAUGACCAGCGAUCGCAUCAACCUCUACCCCACAGCCAACCAGACUCUGUGGCCCCCGGGGUCAGAGCAGCAGAUCCUGCGGCCGUGGAUCGUGGUGAACCUGGUGGUGGCCAUGUUGGUGGGCCUGUCCUGGGCCGUGGUCUCCACCCGGCCCGACGUAGACUACACAGAAGAGUUCUUGAUGUCAAUGGAGGUGGAGGCCUUCCCAAGAGGAGACGAGACUCUGGACAUCCCCGCGUGAAAAGCGCCGACCCCGUACAUGUAAUGUGUGUUUUUGUACCAAAGGUUAUGUAGCCCUUUAUUUUGCUUAUUUUG